AUGUACAAGGACUUUAACAACCAGGCGCAGGAGCCUGGCGUCAAGAGUCGGCCAGUCACGGUGUAUGCCGAGGGCGCCAUUCCGCCGCUCUCGAUGCGGCCCAAGUCGGGGCCCCUGCUCCAGGUCCCCAGCACUGUGGAUGUACACACGUCCUUUUACGAUACAUCUUUGGCACACGAGAGCCGCUUCAGCACGGGGGAGUGCAGCUCCGGCCUCUUUGAUCGUGAUACCAAAACCUUCCGUCCUCUGAUCCCGAACGACUCGCAAUGGGAGCUCGACGACAGGGCGCCCCUUGGCGCCGAAUAUACCGACAUGGAGCGCGAGCAGAUGACGCGUGCGUACCGUCGCUUCUACUGGCGCAACAAGUUCCUUGGAAAGAUCGACUCUUGGCUCCGUGGCUACAAUCCGCUGGGCGGAUGGCUCGGCCCGCAGAUCGCCGUGAUCUUGACGGUGAUAGUACUAGCUCUGUACGUGGGUGCCGCUAACAACAGUAUUGGCGUGGGCCUCUUCUUCGUCAUUCCCCGCGUUCCUGACGUGUCUAUUGUGACCAACAACCCUCUCACGCCUAUGAAUGGCAACAAGACGGCGAUGGCCCUCACCGGGUUCCCUACUGGAUUUCAGUACGUGCCGUCGUCUUACAGCAGAAUGAACGGCACUUUGCACGUGCGCCUGGACAAUCCCGGCUGGAUACCCGCACACAUCCUCUCCUUGGCGACUACGGUCAAAGCGCUAGAUACCAAUGUCAUCGUGGCCAAAGGCGACCUGUCCAAGCAGUGGGUCCCGGGCCGUAAGGUGACGACCGUGGACGUCGACCUGGCCUUUUCGCACAAAAGCCUCAAUGUUACGGGAGACGCUACACAGCUGCUAUUCCAAGAUGCCUGUGCUCACUUAUGUACGUCCGCGCCACUCACAUGCAGAUCAGGGCACGGACCGCCCCAGUAUGUCUUCCUCACUCACACAGCCUUGAACCUGCACGUGGAAAUGGUUAUGGACGUUGGAGGCUUGGUGGGCAAACACCCCUCGUCGUCUGAUCUCCGUAGUCUCGCGUGCCCUUGGGAGCUUCCACAGUAG